AUGAACCAAGCCCAAGCGACACUGCACACCGCACGGCUGCGGCUUGUCCCCUACGCGGACGAGCACUACCCGCUCAGCAAAGCCCUCGACCAAGACCCCGAAGUCAUGAAGCACAUCGGAUUCGGACGGCCCCUAACAGACGACGAGACGAAACAAGUGCACGACUGGCUCCUCAAGUCAUGCACCUACCUCCCAGGCUUCGGAACCUGGGUUGCUUACGCUGAAGGUCACUCCGAACCGAUUGGGUGGUGGAUUCUGGCCGCAACGCCCAAAGAUCCGACGAAGCCCACCGAGAACUUCGACACAUCGCGCUCAGAGACAGGGUACAGAUUGCUCAGGGAACACUGGGGGAAGGGGUAUGCGACAGAGGGGUCAAAGGAGGUUAUCCGCCAUGGGUUUCAGGGGCUGGGGUUGAAUGAGGUCUUUGGCGAGACGAUGACGGUGAAUAAACCUAGCAGAAAGGUCAUGGAGAAGCUGGGCAUGAAGCACGUUGAUACCUGGUUCAACGAGUAUCCGACCCCCCCGCCAGGGAUUGAGGAGGGCGAGGUCCGCUAUCGGAUUACGCGGGAGGAGUGGGAGGCUGGCCAGUAUGAGAGUCCGCCUAGUAGUGUCUAG